ACUCACAUCUCAGUACUGCGGAUGUGAGUAUUUUUUCAUGUGAGACGCAGAUUUUACUGACUCGUUAUUAGUAUAUUUUCUAGGUAUAUAAUUGUUCUACUACUACCAGUCCAAAAGACUGAAAUUAUAUUUUCUAGCUCUCAUUGUCGCCCGCUCGAGUUCCAACAGAUGGCUCCUGUUGUCCAACGCCUACUAACCAUACAAAAUACACUCACAGACUUUUCUGUCAGCGAUGAUCAGAAGGUGGACAACUUCGUCUUACCAGAUGGUGCUGUCAUGACCGCCAAGGCAGACUCUGCAUCGUCGGUGAAUUUCAUUUACAUCGAUGAACUGGUUGUGUGCGAGUAUCAUUUACUCGAUCAGACCGCACAGCUCGUCCUUUCAGCCGUCGGCACAGAGUUCGAAAAUACCGCUUCACAUGUACCAAGCUUUCAGGUCAUCGAGAUCCUUCCUCCCUCCCGGACUGGCCCUCCACAGGCGUCUAGCAACGACAUAUCCCUGAAAGAUAUGUGGGCGGCUGUGUACGCACUCUUCACGCUGUACCACAAUCAAGAAACCAUCCCGGUUGUCCUGUCUCAGACAAUCAACAAUAUCGAGGAGCUACGCUCAUAUUUACUUCGAUCUGGCCUCGGGCGUACGGCGCCAGCCACAAAGGAGAUAUACCUGCACAGAGCCACGUUUUGGCAGGGUGCGGGAACACAAGGAUACCAUACUCGCGGCUGGCUACCCCCAUCGCCAUUUUCAGUGGCGUCUUUUCCCCACAUCCAGUCAUUCACCCGUACACCCACUGUCAUUUCUGCGCACCCUCUGCGUCCACCGAAACCUAACCCGGGAGAAACGCUAUUUAGGCGAUUUUGUCCAUCCAUAGGGGAGACUCUAGAGUUCACGUACUUUGAUCUCGGUGACGGAUCCAAUACUUCAAAGCAUCUAGACGCGUUUCAUCGUUGGCAUAAUUCAGAGCGAGUGAACAAAUGGUGGGGAGAACGCGGUUCACUGGAGAAACACAGAGCAUAUGUCACGGAAGUGACGAACGACCCUGCUGUUUUGCCUAUAAUAAUGAGCUGGAAUGGCAAGCCCAUGGGGUAUGCAGAAAUAACAUAUUUGAAGGAAAAUCAUGUGGCGCCCUACAUUCCCGGUGGUCCUAGAGACUGGGACAGGGGCCUCCAUAUCCUUGUCGGAGAGGAAAAGUUCCGUGGUUUUGCACGAACAAAUCUGUGGCAUCGUUCUCUGAUACACUACUGCUUCUUGGCGGAUCCCCGCACCGAAAAUGUGAUGAGUGAGCCCAGAGCCGAUAAUUCCUCUGUCAUUAAAGUGGAACUUGGCUCUGCCAUGCAAAUCACAACAGUGUUUGACUUUCCCUAUAAGCGCUCUGCACUCGUCUGCGUUCCCAGAGAGCGUUUCUUCAGGCUGGACUUGCUGUGACAAUGAUGCGUAUUGUUGGUAACAGAACACCCUGUAAAUAGAGCAAACUGGAACCGACAUGGGAUAGUGAAUAGAGCCCAGCAAUAGAUUUUUUUCCUGUGGUCCUGUGGAGCAAAACAAAAUAGAACCGU